UCGGCAAGGGGGAGCCGGGAGUUUAAACGCUUAGCAGAGCGAGUAUAAAGCAACAGCGUAGGUCGGAAAUUAGAGCGGUUUAUUAUAAAAGGCUGUUAAAUCUGCCAUGGAGUUAACGCUAGCCCGCAGCGCGGCCCGAGCUUUCUAGCGCUGAGAGCGUUAGUAGAAGGAAACCCCCGCUAGUGGGCUGCUCCGGCCGAGCCUGUCUAGUAGUGCGCGUCACAUGGUCUCCCUCGGCCCUUCCCUCCCUCACUCCGGGCUGCAACCAGCGGAAUCUGUGACUUGCACCCCGGUACAUACGUUUCAGGCAGAAUGAGGACCAGGAAACACCAGAGCCCAGUGGAGUCCACUUGGGUCGAGAAGCCUCAAUGCGUCGAGGCCCCACGGGCCAGUUGUGAAGCUCAGGCUGGGAAUGCAGCUGCACCGCCCAAAGGCCAAAGAGAGCGCAGUGUCUCCAAUGGUGUAAGCCUCUCCGAUUCCGGUGAAAAUUCCUUGAAUAUCGACCAAAAGAAGGCGAACGGCAAAAGGCAGAAAAGGCGAAGAAAGUCUCCGAAGAACAAGGUCGUUCUGCCGAGUUUCGACUGCACUCUUGCUGGGUUGAUGGCCGAUACGGUGUGGCUAGAUAAGUGUGCGUAUGAAGAGGCUGAACGCGCUUAUUAUACCAAGGGUGCCGCAGAGCAGGCCAGGGCGCCAGAGACAAAUCCACUAACCGGUGCUGUCACACUGACUCCUCGGGAAUCUGAGCAUAUCGGGUCUGGUACUGGGCACCCACCCAUCAGUAACUGCUGCCACAGUGGGCUGGUUGCUUGUCAUCAUGUAGACAAUGGCAUAUGGCUGAAUAAACUGAACUUCGAUGAUGCAGAGCAUCAGUUUGUUAUGAGGUUCGGGUCACCCUUUGCCCCACAUUCCCUUGAACUUCCACUUAGGCAACCCGAGAGUGGAUUCCCGGGGGGCAUACAAGGAACCCCUGAUGAAGGGUACGUCAGUGCCAUCCCUACUCCCGCCUCGCACCCCUUCCUGGAUUUGGGUUCUGUCUCCUCGCUGGUUCCCUCCUCCGACCCAACUGUGAAUGGAAAGCCUCAUUGGGCCGGUCUCCAAGAUCUCCUGGCCGAGGUGUGGCUAGACAAGCCGGCCUAUGACCAGGCAGAGAGAAGUUUUUACGAGACGGUGGCUAGAAGCCACUCUCCAUUACGGGUUGAAGCGCAGCAACACUGGGGCGUGCACUCUGGGAAGAAAAACAAGCGCGACAAGUGGAAUCGGAAAUCCACCACCAAACAGGCCACCACCAAGAAAUGCGAGUUGCCCGUUAUUCCCGAGGAAACGGGAGGGCUGCUCCAUAAACCCGUCUAUUAUUUCCUCCAUCCGGACAGUGAAACCGUGUGGCUUGAUAAGACUUCCUAUGACAGAGCGGAGGCCACGUUCUACAUAGGCCAACACUUGGGCUCCUCCUUAAAUUUCAAGGAUUCGCCCGCCUCCAAGCUUUCAAGACCCGCCAAGUCCAAGCGAUGCGGCGCCCCCUGCCAUUCUAAGAAAAUGUCGGCCUCGUUUAUCAGCACAGAGAAGGUCUGGCUCGACAAGUGCAAGUACGACGAUGCCGAGAGGCAGUAUUAUGAGACCCUAAGCAGGGGGUCCGCACCUAAUAACCCCCACAACUCCCCACAGGAGCAGGACGGAGCGAGCACAAUCCUCCGAGACAUUGCGAGAGCCAGGGAGAAUAUCCAGAAAUCGCUGGCCGGACUCAGGACAGUCCUGCAUAACCCUAAGGAAGCUCAGGCCGCCCUCCCCCAGGGCCAAACAGGGCCCCGUACUAGUGGGGCCGCUUCCAACAGCGGAGACAGCAGUGAGCUGGCCGCCCGAGUAGCGAAUCUGGAACAGGAGAACCAAAGCCUCCAUAAAGUUGUGAAAGACCUUCAGUCGGCCAUUUCUAAGCUGGAGAGCCGCCUCAGCACACUGGAGAAGUCGGCCAGCUCCCAGCCACCCAUAAAGGUAGCGGCUCCCGUACAGAAGGUCCAAGUCACGCCGGCCGCUAAGGAAGAGAACGGAACCGCUGAGGAUGAUGACGAUGACAUCGACCUCUUUGGCAGCGAUGAAGAGGAGGAUGCGGAGGCCGAGAGGAUCAGGGAGGAGCGGCUACGGCAGUAUGCUGAGAAGAAAGCCAAGAAGCCUGGAGUCAUAGCCAAGUCGUCCAUCCUACUGGACGUGAAGCCGUGGGACGACGAGACGGACAUGGCGAAGCUGGAGGAGUGCGUACGAACGGUUCAGAUGGACGGCCUGCUGUGGGGCUCCUCCAAGCUGGUUCCGGUCGGUUACGGGAUCAAGAAGUUACAGAUCCAGUGUGUCGUCGAGGACGACAAGGUCGGCACAGACAUCCUGGAAGAGGAGAUCACCAAGUUUGAGGACUAUGUGCAGAGCGUCGACAUCGCUGCUUUCAACAAGAUCUAAAAUGGCCCCUGCCAGGCUGGGCUGCCAAUAAAGCACCGUGCAGAUACUGCUC